GGAGGCAAUGGCAGCAGAGUCCCUGGAAGGAGCUUCCUGAAGCCGUCGCAAGCGGCCGCAGAGCCCUCCCUGCGAGGGCCUGGGCCCCAGAAAGCUACUGGCGAGCCCCUCACCCAUUUUCUCUCCCUCCUUCCCCUCGCAGCUCUGGUUGGCGAGACCCGAUCCAGCCGCCCCCCCAGUUCCGAGACGCUGCCGCCAUGGACCCAGGGGCGCCGGGCGCAGACGGCGGAGGGGGCCUGGGCACCUUUGGGGCCACCCGGAGGCCUCCCCGACCCGUGGGCGCCCUGGCCGUGGGCUCGAGGCAGCCCAGUGUGGAGACCCUAGACAGCCCUACAGGAUCACAUGUUGAAUGGUGCAAACAGCUAAUAGCUGCUACAAUUUCUAGUCAGAUUUCAGGGUCAGUGCCGGCUGAAAACAUAUCCAGAGAUUAUAGGGUAAGUAACCUUAAACACUUAAUUAUUCCAUCCACAGAGCAGGAUUGGCCUACUCUUAGUGAGAAUUUUCAUUGAUAGUUUGUUAGCGAUUAAGAACUAAUAAUGUUGUUAUCCUAAAUGAAUGCUUUGUGGGUUGCCAAAAUGUUGAAGUUUGCCUCAAAGCAUCAUUAAAUUAACCUUUCUGACCUUUAAACAAGGUAACUAAGUUUCUCCAUUUUUACUCAAAAAUGAUAUAUCAGUUGUUUGGUUUUCCUCGUCAGUAGUUAGUGUUACAGAAAAGUGAUGUUGUGGCCGUCUUCUGUGGCAUGGAGGUGGCACUGAAAGUAUAUAUGGGGGGGAGGGGGCAGCUGAGUAGCUCAGUGGAUUAAGAGCCAGGCCUAUUCAAAUACUUUAUGUAAACUGGCAUGAAAGAUCGACCUCACAAAUCAUCCUUGAUUUUAAAAGUCUCUGAAGAUUCAAAUCUGGCCUCACACUUCCCAGCUGUGUGACCCUGGGCAAGUCACUUGACCCCCAUUGCCUAGU